AUGGAGCACCCUCGAUUAUAUUUACCAGAACCUUCUAAGGUUGCCUGUGGAAGAGUUUGCCAGCACCAAACAUUCCAGCUACCCAGAAAGAAAAAUAGCUCUUUCAAGAGGAAGGGGAUGGAAAGAUGGCAUAGAGUUGUGUCUACCAACUUAGAAAAACAAAAUGUGUUAAUCCCCAAGGAGGAGAUAUGUGAUGAUAGCGAUGUGGAAUUUCAUGAAAGUCAACAAAAUCAGAAAAAUGUGAUGAAGAAAGUGAAGACUGCUUUGGGGAGAAUGAUGUCUUGCAUGCAUAGAAGCAAGUCAGCAAGUAUCAACAGAGAAGGUUUCAAUAAUCACAAGGAAAUUCUCCUUUCAAACACACAGGGUCUUCUACCUAGAAUUGUCAAGGAGCUUCCAUCUCCUAGAUUAUUGACCAAACCAAGAAUGAAAAAGCUCCCACAAAAUGCGAGUAUACAACUUGAUAUUGUAGAAGCAGAGACAGAGGCAAUAACCCAAAGAAAUACUCUCCUCCGGGCCAGGAGAACUACCAAGCGUUUAUCUGUGACAUCCCUUCCUUCAGGAUUGCAAAAGGUACCAUAUGCAUCAAAAAGGAGACAUUUUCCGGCACUGAAGAAAAAGAAACAUAGCGUGAAAACCAUCCUCCAAAAAUCGGACUUGACAGUAGGAAAGCUUCAAAUGCAGGUAGAUGACCUCAUAGAAACAGUGACUGAUAAAUCCAUGAAGUUACUGGCCCAAAGACAUGCUGAGCUUCAACAGUGUGAGUUUCUAGGGGAUGAAAUUCUUCAGUCCUCUAAGCAGUUCCAGAGAAUGUCCAAGAGAACUAUGAGGAAGUAUAAAUUUAAAACUGCGUGUUUUCCAUGCACCUGCUGCUUCUGA